AAAACCCCUCAGGUGUGCUAGUGGCUGGUAGGGAGAGCUGGUGGAUGGUGAGGGUUCUGCUUUUUGUGGAGGUGUUCCGGAUUUGUGAAUUGUUUCUUCCUCAAAGCACACGGCUUCCACAGCCUGUUUGCAGAGGACAGCAGCUGUUAGCCCAAAGCUUAUCCUAGCAAGCUGCAGACCAUGCCAGUCACCUCUCCUGACUCUAAGUGCCCCAUAUGCUUGGACAGACUUGACAAUAUUGUGUACCUAGAUCCUUGCUGGCACAAGUUCUGCUUCUCUUGUGUCCAAGAAUGGUCCAAAAUCAAAGCACAAUGCCCACUCUGCCAACAGCCCUUCCUUUCUCUUUGUCAUAUAGCUCAUGCUGAAGAUGACAUAUCUAGGCCAGAAGAAAAUGAACCUUUUUCCUACUCUGAUUGCAGCACCAUCAUUUUUGCUGAAAGAACUUUUGACUUAAAGGCAUGGGAUCAGCAUACCAGUUCUGACUAUUCUACACCAUUGCACAAUGAAGGAAGCAGCUCAGACUCAACAACUCUUGCAGUCUUUCCAGAUGAGGUGGAUUCUCAAGUGCUAGAGCAUGGUUCAUCUAAGCAUAGUGUUGAUUGGUUGUCCUGGAAUGAUGAAACUCCAGGUCCUUCAGGAGAGUAUAAUGCAAUCAUAACUUCUCCAGAGGUAUUAGAGAGCUCUGAUGAGGACUCUGUUAGGGAGAGAACCACACUGCAUCUUCAGUUACAGGUUGGUGUUGAUGAUGAUGUGAUGGUGAAAAGUCAGACAGAGUCCACUAGUUGUGAGAGCACUAGCUCCAGAGAUUCAAGCAGAUCAUGGUCACAUCACAAAGGCCAUGGCCAAAGGAAAUCAAGCAGCCUAGACAGUGACUGUUGUUACAGAAGAGCCUGUUACCAAAGCAGUUACCUGUUACACAGUCCAAAGACAGCUGGAGACAGCUUCUCUUGCAGUAAGAGCACUCAGACUAAAGCUCAUUGCUCGAACAAUUCUCCUAGUCUGGAAUCCAGGAUCCAGUCCUUCACCGAAAGGACAGAUCUGCAAAGCCAAAUGGGAUUCCAGGAGAGACAGGACUCCUGUUACAAACAACGCAGAUCAAGGAGCCGAUCAAGCUCCAGAUCAAGGAGCCCUUCUGGAGAGGCAGACAGAACAAGAAGCAAAAAGCCUGGUGGAAAGAGAAAGUGCAAAACUCGACACUUGGAGAACACAGAGACGGGGAGCACCACUAUGGAGAGAAAAUAUAGUCUCCCAACAUUCAGUGACUGCUACAAAAAUAAAGGCAGCCUUUCAGACAACCAAGAAAGUAGUGAGAUAAAACAUGAGGAAAAGAAUAAUAGUAUGGGAAAUCCAAGUGUGGAGGGAGUCUAUGAGCAGACAGAGAUAAUGAAGCGUGCUUUAAAGAAAAAGUGUAAGAAGAAACACCAGGAACAUCACUGGAAAGAUGCAUAGUUCUUACAAUUUAGUACAAUUAAUUUUUACUGCCAGAUUCAUGUGUGUGGUGUAAAAUGACCUCUGCUGAAAAGCAGUAAGCAGUUUCUAUGUAGAUAUUGAAUAGCCCUUAUUAUUAAUAUGAAAUAUUAAUAAAGCAAGAAGAAUUUUUGGUCUAAAAAAGCAAAUACAUGGUCUGUGAAGUUUUUUUGAUCUGUGCUUUUGUUGUGGAGUCU